CGCGCAGUUCUGUGUCUAUGCGCGCAGUCACGGCUUAGCUACGUUCUGCGCAUGCGCUCCAUCCGCAGUAUGGUUUGUCGGUGCUAGAGCACGGCGAACCAUUUCCGCUUCCGGUCACCGUCCAUCACUGUGCUGUUGUUCGGGAUUGAUAAGCUGCGUGUUACCCGUUUACCUGCACUCCGUGUUAUAGGAUGACCUCAGAUAAGAAGCCGCCGGUAGACUUGGGGCUGCUGGAGGAAGAUGACGAGUUUGAGGAGUUCCCAGCUGAGGGUGAGUAUGAGUGGGCACUCUGGCUGCCAUGACUCAGGGAAUCCAUACCGGCAGCAUGGGCUGUGUGCUGGGCUCCUAGAACCUCACACUCCAACAGGGUCAUAUCUGUUCAGCCACAGGCUGGGCUUUCACACCCCACCUGAUCUGGAUCAACUCACAUCAUUCUGAACCUACCUACAGGAGUGACUGUGUGUGAUGUGAGUUGUUGGGUGGUGGGGCGUGAUGUGAGUUGUUGACUGUUGGGUGGUGGGGCGUGAUGUGGGUUGUUUCUCCAGGACGUUAAGCCAUCACUGUAUAGUGUGCUAAUAAGCUUGUAUAGUGGACCAAGGCCUUCAGCCAUCCAGGCAGUGAUCUGCUUAUUGAGCCUCUGUUAUAAGCAGUACGUUAGGACCCAAAAAAUGGACAGUUGUUUUCAUCUUCUGAUCUUGCUUAAAGGGACACUCCAGGCACUCAGACCACUUCUGCCCACUGGAGUAGUCUGGGUGCCAACUCUCACCACCCUUAACACUGCAAGUGCAAUUAUUGCUGUUUUUAUAAACUGCAAUAUUUACAUUGGAGGGUUAAGUCCUCCUCUAGUGGCUGUCUACUAGAGAGGCACUAGAGGACACUUCCGUGUUCAUAGAAUAAGAAAAGUGUGUUAUAACGUCGCUGGACGGACCUCCAGCAUCGCCGGAAUCCCCAUAGGAAAGUAUUGAAAACAUUUUUCAAUGCUUUUCUAUGGGGAGGUCUAAUGCGUGUGUGCGGCAUUGCUGUGCAUGCACCUUAGGUCCCCCCCUUCGCCGGCCACGCAUGCGCAAUAGGUCUCCCCCGCCGGCAGACGGCGGGGAAGAGCACAGGCGUAGCUUGACCCAGCGCCGAGGGACAUCGGCGCUGGAUACAGGUAAGUCACUGAAGGGGUUUUAACCCCUUCAGCAACUUGGGAUGGGGGUGGGAGGGAGAGGGGACCUGCAGUGCCAGGAAAACUGUUUGUUUUCUUGGCACUGGAGAGUUCCUUUAAUCUCUAUAACUGAGGAUCCAUUGAAGUUAUGGUUAAAAGAGGCAUUAUGUGGGUCCAUGGUACACCAUUUGUCAUAUAUUAGUUUAAAGGGACACUGUUAGCACCAUUAAAAUUUCAAUGGGUUUGAAAUGAUUAAUGAUACCAGGCCUCCAGUUAUGGUAUGGCAGGGGGGAAGCUAUGCUUCCAUUGUGCAUUAUACCAGUUCAUAUUAAUGAUGUGAGGGCAAUGGUUUCCUGACAGUGCUUUGCUGAUGCUCUCAGCUGGUCUAUGUCUGCUGCUACUGUAUGGCAUGAAGAUGAGCAUAGCUUCGCCAUACAGUUAUAGGCUGCUGGAGCCGAGGAUCUAUGCUAAAUGCUGAAAGUGAUCCGGCACCAGUGCACUCCAAGCAGCAUAACCAGAAAUCUGUGAAAAAACUCCUCCUAAUUUUAGUUUUACUCAUAUACACAGUGUAGCCUCCUCCAAAUCCCUGAAAUCGGAUGCAAAAGAUUCUUCCAUACAAGCAGGGCGAUUUUUGGAGCCCCGAAUGUAAUGUUUAGUGAUGGAUUGAAAUAACCACAUAACUUUCAUGUAGUUUACCUUAAAAGACCAUUUUUUUGCUAAAGACAGUUAUGUGGUUAGCAUGAUGAGGGUUACAGUGGUUUUUCUUUUUGUUUUGUGAAUCUUUCACUCUUAAAAGACAAAACCUAUCUUUAAUGAUUUUUUUUCCUAAUAUUUAUUGACCGAUUUGUAGACAUUUUGUAUUGUCAUUUAUUUGAUAACUUGGUUGUGCUUCUAUUUAUAUAUUAUUACAGAUUGGACUGGUUCAGAAGAGGAUGAGGAUGCACACAUUUGGGAAGAUAAUUGGGAUGACGACAAUGUAGAAGAUGAUUUUUCAAAUCAGUUAAGGUACUUUCUUAAAAAACAGUUUGCCACUUGUAAAAUUUCUGGUCUGGAAUCUCAAACAUAUGUGGUGUGAGUACAUGCACACCCCAACUUUCUGAGGCAACAUUAAGGAGGUGUGCAAAGAUUAUUAAAUUACAAAAGAAAUGCAGAAAACUCUGUCUGUAUUAUGUGCUAGCGGUUUGUCAAAUUACAAACUAUAGCUUGUGGAAAGAAAACCUGCUUUUCAUUGUUUCAACAUGCCAAAGUUAUUUAAAGUUUUGCGCCACUCCUCUUUUAAACUAUUUGACAUUGGUCUGGACACUAUAAACAUCCAGACCACUUUAUCUCAUUGAAGUGGUCUGGAUUCAACGUCCCUGUCUAACACUGCUAUGUAAAAUAUUGCAAUUUGUGAGAACCUGCAACAAUUACAUUGCAUGGUUAACUCCACCUCUAGUGGCUUUCUAGUCUUCCUUUUAAUCGUUGUAUGGUGAGGGAAGGACCUAUUAAGUUAGAGACACUUUAGCGUUUGGAAUACACGAUUCUGUCCCUAAUGCUAUACUGUUCCUUUAAUGAAAUUAACUGAAUUUUUUUAUGUACCGAUAAUGCAUUUAAACAAUGAUUAAGCAAAAAGCCUCUUAAAAGUUCCUGUAGUUGCUAAAACCAAGCAGUGAACUCUGCCCAGACUAGGGAAAAUUAAACUAUCUCUGAAGUAACUCACCACUGCGUCUUCAAAUUCUUCAGUCUUUUAUUUGCCAUCUAAACGUAAAACCAUAGCGUUGACAUGCAGUGAAAUCGGCUCAUAUCUGCGGAACACUAUGGUUAUCUGUGUCUAGUGUGAUCCGCUCUGAUAUAGUGCAGCAGCCUUCUGCCUCAAUUGACAGCUGUCCGUAAUAAAAAUAACUAUGUACAAAAGUAUCUUAGACUCAAAAAUAUAACUGCUGUUAUGUUAAUGGCAUUAACUCUAAUUGUAAUAUACUGAUAAUGCAUUAAAAAAGUAUUACAAUUAAACAAAAAAUACUUUUAAAAGUUCUUGCGACUGCUCCAAAUCAAGCACAGAGCUCUGCCAAGAUUAGCAAGUGACUCUAAAAGUUGGGAUCCUCUCAUUCUUGUAUAUCAAGUCUGAAUCAAUCUCGUAAACACUUGAGUAACAGGUGUUCAUGGAAAAUUUACCCCGCAUACACUGUUCCAUUCAUCAGAUUCAUAACACUGCUGUAUAGGUGUCCUGUGGUUACUAUUAAAGGGACACUAUAGUCACCUGAACAACUUUAGCUUAAUAAAGCAGCUUUGGUGUAUAGAUCAUGCCCCUGCAGCCUCACUGCUCAAUCCUCUGCCAUUUAGGAGUUAAAUCCCUUUGUUUAUGAACCCUAGUCACACCUCCCUGCAUGUGACUUGCACAGCCUUCCAUAAACACUUCCUGUAAAGAGAGCCCUAUUUAGGCUUUCUUUAUUGCAAGUUCUGUUUAAUUAAGAUUUUCUUAUCCCCUGCUAUGUUAAUAGCUUGCUAGACCCUGCAAGAGCCACCUGUAUGUGAUUAAAGUUCAAUUUAGAGAUUGAGAUACAAUUAUUUAGGGUAAAUUACAUCUGCUUGAAAGUGAAACCAUUUUUUUUUUUUUUCAUGCAGGCUCUGUCAAUCAUAGCCUGGGGAGGUGUGGCUAGGGCUGCAUAAACAGAAACAAAGUGAUUUAAAUCCUAAAUGACAGUGAAUUGAGCAGGGGAAUGAUCUAUACACUAAAACUGCUUUAUUUAGCUAAAGUAAUUUAGGUGACUAUAAUGUUCCUUUAAUUUAUAGCACUGUGAGCUGUCUGUUGUGAAUAGAGUUGUACAUGGUGGCACAUGCAUGCAACCAUGGCUCAGGCUCUCUUACAGAGCCAGAGCAGGCAUGGGAGCUUGCUGUGUAACAUCUGUGUAUUGUAGCUAACAUUAGUGAUUUCAAGAGCUCUGCAAUAUAAGUGUUACUUAUUCAAGAGCAGUUUUCUAACUUACAAAAGUUUCUGUCAUUUUACAGCAAAAUAAGUGUUCUCUGCUAUCUUUUAUUUGUCCUUUAAAAUAUGGUACAAUAUAGUGUUUGUAAUUAGGAGGGUUUUUUAAUACUGUGUAUAUGUAAUUUUUAAUCUGUGUAUUUUUAUUCUUCGGAAAUGUUAAGAUUUCAAUAGUGCUAUUGGAAACCACAUGCUUGAGCGAAAUGCUUCUUUCAUCUAGGAAUUGCUGUUCCUUGUAAAAACAUUAUCCAUUUCUGAAUAAGCCUAGUUGUGUAAUUUCCAUCUAGGUCUCAUCAGCUGUUUGUGAGUCAUAUUUAAAACAUGGUUUGUGGAACAUGGUUAUUCACUAUACUCAGAUUGUUUUGGACAUUGUAUCCCAAUGGGAAUAUUGGGACACAAAUAUCUGAUCCUGAAAAAUUCUACAGUUUUGCCAUUUGGAUUUAAUUUGCUAAAAUGUAGAGUUUAUUGAAUAAUCCUGCAAAUAUCUCAUACUUCUCUACAGAUAAUGAUAGAUAUUCUAGCCCAGCAACAGCUGAAGGGCCAGACUUUAAAGCCUUUUGUUAACAUGAUGUAAUUAAUACUUGAAGCUCAUAAAGCUUAGGUAAGAAAGUAAAACAUAAUAAUAAAUUAGCACUGCUACCCAUAAAUGUUAAUCUCAAAGUAUAACAAUGACAAGCUGUUCAUAUAUGUAUAUGUGCUCAAAAAUAAAUAAAGGGAACACUUAAACAACACAAUGUAACUCCAAGUCAAUCACACUUCUGUGAAAUCAAACUGUCCACUUAGGAAGCAACAAUGAGUGACAAUCAAUUUCACAUGCUGUUGUGCAAUAGACAACAGGUGGAAAUUAUAGGCAAUUAGCAAGACACCCCAAAUAAAGAAGUGGUUUUGAAGGUGGUGACCACAGACCACGUCUCAGUUCCUAUGCUUCCUGGCUGAUGUUUUGGUCACUUUUGAAUGAUGGCGGUGCUUUCACUCUAGUGGUAGCAUGAUACGGAGUCUACAACCCACACAAAUGGCUCAGGUAGUGCAGCUCAUCCAGGAUGGCACAUCAAUGCGAGCUGUGGGAGGAAGGUUUGCUGUGUCUGUCAGCGUAGUGUACAGAGUAUGGAGGCGCUGCCAGGAGACAGGCCAGUACAUCAGGAGAUGUGGAGGAGGCCAUAGGAGGGCAACAACCCAGCAGCAGGACCGCUACCUCCGCCUUUGUGCAAGGAGGAACAGGAGAAGCACUGCCAGAGCCCUGCAAAAUGACCUCCAGCAGGCCACAAAUGUGCAUGUGUCUGCUCAAACUGUCAGAAACAGACUCCAUGAGGGUGGUAUGAGGGACCGACGUCCACAAGUGGGGUUUGUGCUUACAGCCCAACAUCGUGCAGGACGUUUGGCAUUUCACAGAGAACACCAAGAUUGGCAAAUUCGCCACUGGUGCCCUGUGCAUCUCACAGAUGAAAGCAGGUUCACACUGAGCACAUGUGACAGACGUGACAGAAUCUGGAGACGCCGUGGAGAACGUUCUACUGCCUGCAACAUCCUCCAGCAUGACUGGUUUGGCAGUGGGUCAGUAAUGGUGUGUGGUGGCAUUUCCCUUUAUCAAGUCUGAAGCAUUUCUGAGUCUCCCCCCCGCCCCCUGCAUAGUUUCAUUUAUUGGCUGAGACUGGUCAGUUGUUGCGUGAAUAGUCGAAGGGAUUGGUAUCUGUUACUACUCCACCAAUGUCAGACGAUGAGGGGGAAACCUAAUGCGCAUUAGUCCUUCCCCAUUGGAAAGCAGUGAAUCAAUGCUUUCCUAUGGGGUUUUAAAACCACUGGACAUCCUACGGGCAGUCUUACAUGUUAUACAUUGCAGGGCUAAGGAAGACGUGGACAAUCCACCCAGACCUCUUCAGUGAGAUAAAUGUGGUCUGGGUGCCAGUAGUGUCCCUUUUUAAAGUUCCAAUCUAUGCACCUACACCUGUCGGGUGCAAUGUGCCUGUUAGUAUUUUUAAGUAUAAAAUUGGUUUGCUUCAUGGGCCCAACUUUUCUACACCACCUUCUGAUUAGAUUCUGUUACUGUCCAUCAGCUCAGUGAAACCUUUUAUUGUGUCUUUAAAGCACUGCCUAAAUGGUUUCUUCAAGCACCAUGACCAAUUCCAUGAUUUGAACUGAUCCUGGUGUAUAGAGUCUAUAUGAGUAAAAGGUUGCACGUACCAAACUUAAACCCCUUGCUGACAAAGGUAUAACUCCACCUGUGACUGCAUCAUUAGCAAACCUGGAACAAGUGUUCCAGGCAGUGGCAUAGUUAACAUAAAGUGGACUCUGGUUAAAGUCAAUUUAAAUUAUAUUUUUAUAAGGGUAUCACUGAUUAAUUCAUAUAUUGAUAAGUGUACCCCCACUAAAAGUCUCCAAAGAUGUACCAUACAUUAUUAUUCAAGUUCUCAACGGUGGCCAAAAGGAAUUCCUCAACUAUCUUGCCAGUUCCACAAUAGUUUGCCAGUUGGGGAUCUAUCUUUUUCCCACCCAUGCAUGGUUGUAUUUGUGAGCAGUGUUUGUGUCUUGAUAUUUUUCUAUGUAGUGUGUGACUGUAGGAGCGUAUUUGUAUGUACUGUUGCUAUUUGAAUGCAGUGGCGUGUUUGUGUGCAGUAUUGCCAGGUGUGCAUUUGUGUCUAGUUUUGGUGUUUGAAUGCAGUGGCGUUUGUGUGUAUUGGCACUUAACUGCAGGGGUGUAUUUUUGUAAAAUGUUUGUGUGUAGUGUUUGCAGGGAUGUUUGAAUGCUUGGAUGUAUGAACAUAUAGACAUACAAUGCAGCAAACACACACUCUGACACAGGUAUACAUACAUACAUACAUACUGACUGACACACACACGUCAUUUACAUACUUUAGGUCAUGGGUACUCAAACUCUGGCUCCCCAGAUGUUGAUGAACUACAACUCCGAUGAUUCUUUGAAUUACAUAGUCGGAGAAUCAUCGGAGUUGUAGUUCAGCAACAUCUGGGGGGCCAGAGUUUGAGAACCCAUGCUUUAGGUCCUCACUCCCCCUCCCCAUUUUCCAUAACAUUUGGGUGCAGGAUGGUGGCUUUGGCUUUUCACGCUCCAUACUCCUCUGCCCCCCUGCGUGAUACUGUGUAAGCUGGGAGGAAGUGACACCUGACCUUGUUUCUUCCCAACAUUGAUGAUGUGACAGGGGCCUGGCCGCACUGUUAAAGGGCUGCUGUAGCGCCCAAGUGGGCCCUUAAUCGGAGACCCCCAUCGGAUAUCUGUGUUAGUUACACCUGAGAGGUCCCCCUAAGCAAGCGGCUCACUGCAGCUGCACAGUUGGUGGCUCGGCUAAUGUCAAUUCUGUGCAUUUCUUUUUCAAGCACAAUGUAUCAUUCAUUGGCUGAGAAACAUCAGCUGACACUCUCAGCCAAUAAAUGACAACUGGAUCAGCUUCUACAGCUCAGCAGAAGCCUGUCACUGGUGCUGAAAAUAGCCUCUGACCCAGGUAAGAGGACAAACCAUUACUAAACAGUUUGCCCUAAUACCUGGGAAUCAGGCCAAGAUACUUGUGGCAUCAUAAUCAGCCCCGAAUAAGAACAGUAAUGCUAUAGAACAUUUUAGCAAGUCGGGUCACUUCCUGAUUUGGUGAAAGCUUGUUGAAAAGCUGCCCAUCUUGGGCAUUUGCAGCAAAUGUAGGAUCUUUGAAUUGAAAGGGAUUUUUUUGUUUUUGUGUGUUGUCUGUUCAAUGCAAUUAAUGAAUGAAUUAAUAGGCCAGCUCUACAAGACAGAUAAUUUGCUUAAUUUAUUUUAGUUCUACCAAGCUAUUAAUGUUUAAAUGUAGUAUUUCUUUAUGAUUCAUAAAAAAAAACAACCUCUCUCUGUAUUGAUUACAGCAUUUAAAGAUAUAACUAUACAUUAUCUAAUUUCAGUCUGUAGUUUAUUUUGUGUGUGUGGUUUGUUUUUGUUUUUUCCCCCCAAUAAUUUAUUUGUAAUUUUGUCUUUCAGAGCUGAGCUUGAAAAACAUGGAUGCAAAAUGGAGACAUCGUAGUUCAACAUUACAUGGGAAAUAAUUAAUAAUGCUUAUUGUUAACAUUUUUUCUUUUUUUUAAAAAGAUUCUGUACAUUGAUGCUUUUCAACUGUUGUAGCUAUAAUAAAUUCCUUUAUUAAAAUGACUAAUUUUGUGACUCUACACUUGAUUGACUUAAUGUUGCAUCUG